UGUCAGCGCUAGGCAUAAACACUGUGUGCUAUUCGUGUAUCUUACGGAGAACAGGCGAAGCAUCUGUACAAAGCAGAAAUGGACUGAACAUGAGACCAACACAGAGCAUUCGACUUGUCACCAUGAACGGUGUUUUUGUUUACGUUUUAGUUGUGUUGUUCGGUACCGGGUCGUGGGUGACACUCAAUGGUUUAUGGGUAGAAUUGCCACUUUUGGUUCCUCAUUUACCGGAAGGAUGGACACUUCCGUCAUACUUGAACGUUAUCAUCCAGGUCGCAAACAUCGGUCCAAUCGGAAUAGCUCUUCUUUUCCAUUUUGCCAAGGAAAAAGUAAACGAUAAAUGUGUGAUUUAUCUCCUCUUGUCAUUCGGAUGUGUAGCUGCUCUUUUCUUGAUGUUUUUCUGGAAAACGACGUCAUUGAUUGCCGGGGAUUUCCAUAGUAGCGGAUUGUUCAUUCUUGUUUUUGUACUAGCGAUAGUCUGUUGUUCAGCUUCCGUUGUAUUUCUUCCUUUUAUGGCACUCUUUAAGAAACACUAUAUAACCGCCUUUUUCAUUGGUCAAGGGAUGAGCGGAUUACUACCGAGCGUUGUGGCAUUAGCGCAAGGCGUGGGAAGUAUGACAUGUGAAAAUGUGACGUCAUCUGAUGAGAAUCAAAAUGUCACGGACUACGUUCUAAUACCUGUUUACCACACGCCGUUUUUUUCUGUAGAACAAUUUAUCUUUUUCUUGUUUUCAACAACUUUAGUUUGUUUGAUAUCGUUUACACUACUAAAUACACUUUCCUGUUGUAAACGAGAGUAUACAUCAACAUGCCGUGAUAAGGGAAUCACUGAAGAUGACGUGUACAUAGAAACCGAAGACAAUCAACUGAGCCAGCGUAAACCGGAAGAUGACCUAAGGGCGAUGACUCCGAUUUCACUGGCAGGAUUUCUUAUUUUAAAUCUGUUGAUUAAUGUAAUAGCUAAUGGGUGUCUUCCUCCUGUACAAACUUACUCCUGUUUGCCGUACGGAACCGACAUUUACCAUUGGUCAGUGACGCUGUCUAACAUAGCCAAUCCGAUGGCCUGUUUCGUAGCUUUUGUAUUUCCUGUUGUAUCACAAAGAAUUAUAUACGGUGUGACGACCGCAGGAUUUGCUACUGCCUCUUACAUCUUGUACACUGCAUCAUCAAGUCCUACUCCUGCCUUUCCAGACAUAGGACCAACUCUUGUGGUUUUGACCUGGGUGUUUACUACGACACUAUUGACAUUUGCUAAGGUGAGCAUCGCCACGCUGUUCCUUAACGAGGGAAAAGAUGCUCUAAGGAUGUAUGGGAUAGGGUCACAGUCAGGGUCAACACUCGGGGCCAUCAUCAUGUAUAUACUCAUCAACGUCAUCGGGAAGUUUGAAAACGCCGAACCGUGUCCGUCUUAAGUGUACUUGUCAAGGAAACAUCUAUCCUUUUCAAAAUAAUAAAUUGUUUGUUUUCAAUUAGCGAUUUUGCUACGAAGCACACAAGUUUCACUAAUUGAUGUCAUAACAUUCUAAACAGAGAACACAGUGGAGUCUCGUGUAUCCAGUCACCACUUAUCCAAGGGUGUCUCCAUCCGGUAGCCACUAAUCGAAUUAGGUUCCUAUCCAGUAAUAACUAGAACUGUCGCAUAUGGGCUAGCUAAUACCUACUGCAUUCAUGCUGCUUGUUGCCCCUGUAGGGGCUAAAUAAACAAGGGGGGGUAAGAAAGAUCAAGGGUCAUGAAAUAGUAGCUACAGGCUGAUGGAAAAGAAAAACACCAUUGCUGUGACCUUUGACUCUAUGACCUCGGAAUUUUGUCAUUAUGUAGCUUGCAUCAAUGCUACAUUUACUCCAAGGUAUGUGUAUACAAAAUACCUACCAUCUCUGCCAUAACUAUCCAUUUCAGUAACAUAAUGCAUCUGUGACCUUUGACCUCAUUACCUUGGAAUUUCGUCAUAAUAUAGCAUACAUCAUUGGCUACGAUACUCUUAUGUAUAUGUGUAUACAAAAUAUGAACUGUUUACGAGAUAAUUAGUAAUUUUGGUAACGUAAUUAAUUCGUGACCUUUGACCUUUCAAAGCGCGUAAAGUUGAAACCUGACAAUAAACCCGUUAUAUAUGUUAAACAUUAUUGCUUCUAGUAUUACCAUACCAGAUUUGGAGGGAAUUGAAUAAAACAAUGAAUGAAGUUCUUGCGUUUUCCAUACAAUGUCAAGGGGAGAUAACAAAAUGAAAAAUACUAUACAGACAGACGGACAAUCUGAUUCCAGUA